AUGGAGAACUCCACUGAGGCCGCCGGGCCGGGCGAGGGCAAGGAGGACAUGUUCACCAAGCUGAGGGACAAGUUCAUGAAUGAGCUCAACAAGAUCCCCCUGCCACCCUGGGCCCUCAUUGCCAUCGCGGUGGUAGCCGGACUCCUCAUCCUCACCUGCUGCUUCUGCAUCUGCAAGAAGUGCUGCUGCAAGAAGAAGAAGAACAAGAAGGAGAAGGGCAAAGGCAUGAAGAACGCCAUGAACAUGAAGGACAUGAAGUCGGGCAAGUCGUUGCAGGACCAACAGGACGACGAUGACGCAGAGAUGGGUCUGACGGAGGGGGAAGGCGAGGAGGAGGAGAAGGAGCCGGAGAACCUGGGCAAGCUGCAGUUCUCGUUGGACUACGAUUUCCAGGCGAACCAG